GGACCAUGGACCUCUUAAUCAUAGAUCUAUUCUCUCAUGCCACAUGUCCCUCGCAACAUCUCCCACUCAAAUAUUUGAUUUUUGUUCAUCAAAUGAGCGCUUCACAUUUGGACCUGUAAUCACUCCCAAAAAUAUCUCCAAUGACAUUUCUUUUGCUUAAUUUCUCUCUCUCAUCACCACAUAAUAAGCACUAAUUUAGGGAGUAAUUGUCCUUCAAAUAAAAACCCAUUAAAAUUCUUCCUAACUUGAAAAAGUUUGAAUUGCUCAGUUCCCAUCUCCAGUAACUUUUAACUUUUUUUAAUUUUUUUUAUGUAUUAGUGAACUCAAUUUAAUGGCUUCAACGGUGUUUUACAAUUCAUUAAGCACAUCAACAACUGUUUUCCUAAGAACCCAUUUACCAAUUUCAUCUACAAAUGAUGAUCACCAUCAAAGUUCACUAAAUUGCAACUGUAAUUACAAUUUGAAGAAAACCAAUUUUUGUGGGCAAAGGAGGAAGAAAGAAAGAUGUGUAAAGGCAACAUCUUUACAAACUUCGCCGGAAAAAAUGGAGUUUUCCGCAGUCUCACUGGAAAAGAAGCUCAGGAUUCUGGUGGCUGGGGGCGGAAUAGGUGGCUUAGUUUUUGCGUUGGCGGCAAAGCGAAAAGGGUUUGAUGUGGUGGUGUUUGAGAAGGACUUGAGUGCUAUAAGAGGAGAAGGGCAAUACAGAGGACCAAUUCAGAUACAAAGUAAUGCUUUGGCUGCUUUGGAAGCUAUUGAUAUGGAUGUUGCUGAAAAAGUAAUGGCUGCUGGUUGUGUUACUGGUGAUAGAAUCAAUGGUCUUGUUGAUGGGGUUUCUGGUAAUUGGUAUGUCAAGUUUGAUACUUUCACUCCUGCAGUGGAGCGAGGGCUUCCAGUCACAAGAGUCAUAAGUCGUAUGACAUUGCAACAAAUUCUUGCUCAAUCGGUUGGCGAAGAAGUAAUUUUGAAUGAGAGUAAUGUUGUCAACUUUAAAGAUGAUGGAAAUAAGGUUACAGUCACGCUUGAAGAUGGAAAGAGUUAUGAAGGUGAUCUUUUAGUUGGAGCUGAUGGCAUCUGGUCCAAGGUGAGAAAAAACUUGUUUGGGUAUUCAGAACCGGUAUACUCGGGAUACACUUGUUACACAGGGAUUGCAGAUUUUGUUCCUGCAGACAUUGAAUCUGUUGGGUAUCGAGUAUUCCUAGGACACAAACAAUAUUUUGUGUCAUCAGAUGUGGGUGGAGGAAAGAUGCAGUGGUAUGCAUUUCACAAGGAGGAUGCUGGCGGUGUUGAUCCACCCAAUGGUAGAAAGCAAAGGUUGCUUGAAAUAUUCAAGGGAUGGUGUGACAACGUAAUUGAUCUAAUUGUUGCUACUAAUGAAGAGGAUAUUCUUCGACGUGACAUUUAUGAUAGGAGCCCAAAAUGGACCUGGGGGGAAGGUCGUGUAACCUUGUUGGGAGAUUCAAUCCAUGCUAUGCAACCCAAUUUGGGCCAAGGAGGAUGCAUGGCCAUUGAGGACAGCUAUGAACUUGCCCUUGAGCUAGAUAAAGCGUGGCAUAAAAGCGUUGAACUUGGAAAACCAGUUGAUGUUGUUUCUUCGUUGAGGAGAUAUGAAGGAGCCAGAAAACUUCGAGUUGCUGUAAUUCAUGGAUUGGCUAGAAUGGCAGCAAUUAUGGCAACAACUUAUAAGGCCUAUUUAGGUGUAGGACUUGGUCCUUUGUCGUUUUUAACAAAGUUCAGAAUACCUCAUCCCGGAAGGGUUGGUGGUAGGGUUUUCAUCACCCCAGUAAUGCCGUUAAUGUUGAGUUGGGUUUUAGGUGGUAACAGUGAAAAACUUGAAGGAAGGGCACCACAUUGCAGAUUAUCUGAAAAAGCAAGCAAUCAACUGCAGAGAUGGUUUGAAGAUGAUGAUGCCUUAGAGCGUGCUAUUAAUGGGGAAUGGUUUCUGCUCCCUUCAGGAGAUGAUGCUGAUGCUCUGGAGCCUAUAUGUUUGAGUAGGAACGAAGAUGAGCCGUGUUUAAUUGGGAGUGUACUUCAUGAGGAUUUCCGCGGGAUAAGUGUAGCCUUGCCUGUACCUCAAGUUUCAGAAAGACAUGCUGAAAUCAGCUACAAAGAUGGAGCAUUUUUCUUGUCUGAUUUACGUGGUGAACAUGGAACCUGGAUUGCUGACAAAGAGGGCAGACGUUCAAGAGUAUCCCCUAAUUUUCCUACAAGAUUUCAUCCUUCAGACAUCAUUGAAUUUGGGAAUGACAAAAAGGCAAUGUAUCGGGUUAAAGUAAUGAAGCAGCCUCCAAAUGUACCACGGAACAAGCCUAAGGAAGCAGUAUUGCAGACUGUGAGAAGUCUUUGAAAUUUGUUGAGAUGACAUGACUAAAAUGUACGGGAUUCAUCAUGGGAGAUAUCACAACUUUUCUCAAACUCAUACAUUUUUAGAAGUAAAAGAUCUUUCAUGUAGAUCUAAUAGAAUUUUGGAAAUCAUGGUAUUUUAUGCUAGAAAUCAUAACAAAUUAGGUUUUUUUUUUUUUUUUUGAGAUUGAUUGUUAUUAUGUAAUGUAUAUAUGAUUGAAGAGAACCUUUUCCCUAUAUAUUGUUAAAUGUAUAAGUAUUUCCCACUUUAUAUGAAAUGGAAAAUUAUUUUCCAA